GUACAUUAUUUUGAUUACUUGAAUGAGUGUGCGUCGCGCGAGAGCGAAGAGAUUGAUGCCUGAAUUUGAGACUUUACGGUAGAGAAAUUGGUAGAGCCAGGGUUUGUGUCUGUUUCACGUCUGCAUGCAUGUAUUCCAAGCCUUAACAAUGAGCAACGCUGCAAAGAAAGUAAAGAUGGGUAAGCGAGUGGAGAAGGCGUUGAAGGAGAAGGCGGCUGCCUCCUCGUCUCAAGAAGCUACCGAGGAGGAUGCAAAUAAGGCUCCAGAGCCCUACACGUGUAUCGGUCACUUUGAUGCCGACUUCACGGAGCUCUGCCGGCGUGCGGGCCUCCCUCCAACCGAAAUCCCCCCUGUGGUGCUACGAGCCAAGAGACCGGGCACCCCUCCCCCUCCAGACCCCAAGGCUAAGGACCCCACGCCCCCGGAGGAACCGGUCGACGUUGCGGAAGAGGAGCCAAAACCCAAAACCUACGUCACCAAGGAGAAGUAUUCAUACUUCAAACCAAACAUACAGGUGGAGAUGGAGCAUGAAGAGAAACCGGCAACAGUGACUGAGAUCUAUAUCAGAGGUUGGAAGAUAGACGACAUGAUGGUUGAUAUAUUCAGAAACUGCUUUCCAACGAUAGAAAAGCUCAACACCAUUAAUUUAUGGAAUGUAGGAUUGACGGACAAAACCCUGAGAGAUUUAGCUGCAAUCUUCCCACAGUGCCCAAACCUAAAAAAUGUGUCAAUUGAAGGCAAUCCAAUUGCAGAGGAGCCAUGGGCAUGUCUUAUUGGAGAUGACAGCCUAAUUGUCAACCUGUCCCUACGCCACAACGAGAUCACAGACAGAGGGGCUUCAGGCAUCGGGGCUGCCCUAUCCACGGUCACGACAUGCAAUAAGAAUCUCAUCUCACUCAAUCUCAGCCACAACAAGUUCUCUGAUGUCGGAGCUGAGGCAGUCGUCAAGGGUCUUCGCAUGAACAGGGUGCUUCUGUGCCUUUCGUUAGCAAGCAACAAGAUCACAGACAAAGGAGCGGUCAAGUUUGGUGAGUUGCUGUCCCGAUUCCCACUCACGCACGAAGAGGUGGUUGAGAGAAGGAAGCUACUCAGCGACAAAGGCUCGCCUGACAGGGGUACCGGCAAAUCGCCACCCCCCUCCAGGAGGGCGGAGUCUAAGGACAGGCCAGGCAGCGUCCGAAGCGGCAGCCAUCUGGACAAAGGCGAUAAGAAACGAGAUAAAUCCUCCAAGAAAAAGGAUAAUAAACAUGAGAAGAAAAAUGAGAAGGAGGAUGCUGGGAAGGGAAACAAGACCGUGGUGAUGAUGGACAGCAAGAAGGACAAAGACGAAGGGGCCAAAGGGGGAACCAAGAAAGACGACAAAUGGAAAAAGGGAUCACACUCUAUGGGGGCAAAAGCCGUCAUGGCUGGUGGAAGUCGGUCGUCUAUUGUAGGACUAAAUACUUCGCGGCACGGUUCCAGAGCUUCCCUUGUAGCUGAAACGGUCAACAAGACAACCAAAGGAAAGAAGACCACAUCUUCCAAGGAUAAGAAGGGAGGGGCCGCGCCCGAAUCGGAGUCUCCUGACAUGGUAGAAGCCAUCAAUCCUUUGCUGGAUUCUGUAGAGUCUAUUGAUGGCCAGCUGUGGAUCCCUGGCAAUAGAUCCAUCAUCAAUCUCAACUUGUCAAGGAAUGAGAUUGGUGAAGCUGGUUUGAAGUCUUUGCUGUUAGCGUUGCAGUACCAGAUCACGUUAGCCAAUCUGGCCCCCCAUCCGGCACUCAAGGGGCUUAUGAGGCUGUCGCUCGGUAGAAACCCAAUCCGUGCGGACAGUGAGGCCUACCAGAAGUUGCAGGACCUGCUGCUUACCCGAGAUCCCUUCUACAAGCCGCAGGCUAAGAGCCCUGAUGGUGAAGUCCAGUCACUUGUCGGCUGAUCGGUCUUCAACAAAAACUUCAGACAACUGAGGAGGAAGCGUAUGGCGCCCACAGUGCAAUUGACCUUUCGCAGUAGAAUCCUGUUAGAGCCGCGUCAACACAGCUUGUGAAAUAUUGUCCAAUUACAUAAUAUACAAAUCGAUGCAGAACCGAGACAAACAAAACUGAGCGCACACAAAAUCCACAGGGUUGUCUAAGGGGUGUGGACAACUCGCAAACGACAAUAGGUCAAUUCUAAGGGUUAUCAACAGGCUCGGAGCAAAACCACAUAAUACCAAAACAUCUUUUCAAUUUACCCUAAAAUAAUUUAACCCUAAAUAUUUUUUUCUUCACCUGGGGUUACUAAACGAUGAAAUGAUGGUGAAAUAUAAUUCCGUCCCCCAAAACACCCAUUACUCGGAUUCAUAUUUGUAGAUCCUUAUGAUUUUUGUUUUGUCCCGCAAAGUUAAAGACGUUUGUUAGGCCGUUUGUUUUUCUUAUUCAGUUGCUUUAUGACUAAGCUUUUCACAUGAAAGUUUCUAUAGGAAAUGUCAACUCAUUUCAAUAACUAUUUUAUGACAAAAAAUAAGCGUCUUGUUUUUGAAAACCGAGUGAAAACGCAAGUUACUGUAUAUCAGAUGAAAUGGCCAACCCAUAAUGUUCUUGAAAGUCCGAGUUAUACUCUUUCAACAAUGAAUUAUACUUGUUAACCAUCUGUUUUGUGAAGUGUUUUUAAGAUGCGUAAUUAAUAUAUUUCCAUUUAAUUGCUGUAUAUAAUCUUUGUACAUAACUGAAAGAAUUUUGUACUGAAUUAAAGGUUUGAAGAUUCCUA